ACCAGUGAACUCUGCCAUUCUCUGGGAACAAAAGCACCUCCAGUUCCAGCUUUCAUCGGUGGUUUCUUUUUUCACUGGACAUAAGCCAGGCUCAAACUGUCUGAGGGGGAAGUAGCAGACACAGACAAGCCACUAUUUAUUUCCAAUCCUCAUACAAGACACCUGAUACAAGCCAAGAUGAAGAGAAAUGCAAGGAUUCAGUGUGAAUGUGCUGUUGUUGCUACACAGAGACCUGAGCAGGUCAGGUGUGCUGUGCUUAAAUCACUGAUUUUUAGCUAACAAAUUCCAGGAAAAGGACCUUCGAUCAGGAGAACUGGUCGCUGCUGUUUCCUUGCAUUGGGAGGGAAAUAAUGCUCCAUUCUACAUUUGCCUUGUCCCUCCUGCUAAUUGCAGUCACUUCCAAUCUUGCAAUGGCAAUUAAAAAGGAAAAACGAGCACCUCAGACACUGUCAAGAGGGUGGGGAGAUGAGAUUACAUGGGUACAAACCUAUGAAGAAGGACUUUACCAAGCAAAGAAAAGUAACAAGCCACUCAUGGUAAUUCAUCAUUUGGAAGACUGUCAGUACUGCCAAGCACUGAAGAAAGCUUUCGCAGAAAAUGAAGAAAUACAGGAAAUGGCCCAAAAUAACUUCAUUAUGCUGAAUCUCAUGCAUGAAACCACAGAUAAAAACCUGUCACCUGAUGGACAAUACGUGCCUCGAAUCAUGUUUGUAGAUCCAUCUCUCACAGUUAGAGCUGAUAUCACAGGACGAUACUCCAACCGGCUUUACACGUAUGAACCACAGGACAUGAUGUUCUUAAUAGAGAACAUGAAGAAAGCACUACGCCUUAUUCAGACAGAACUGUAACCAGCAGCAUUAAAAUGACCAUAACCUCUAUGAGAUGAAGCUGCACCUCUCCGUCUCUACUUGCAAAUUGAACUUUUACCAAGCAGAUUUGGUAUAUCAGAUUUCAUAAGAAAUGUAUAUGUACAACUUGGAGAACAAACAUAGAAAGACUAAAGCACCUGUUUGGAAAACAUGAGGAGAAAUAUAUUGAACACUAUGAAAUGAAUUAUCUAUAUAACAGAAAAUGAUGGUUAAGUGCAGAAAAUUCGAGCUGUAUUUUAGCAAUCCAAUUAUGACUCUGUUAGGUCAGCUAUGACUUCUGAAGAGGUAUAAACAAUCUUUUUGAUGUCUUUUUGCAAUUUAUUACAUGAGUUAAUAUCUGCAACUUUCCUCCCCAUUUCAACUUUUAUUGCAAGAAACUUAUUAAUUGUUACUGUACCACAGCUUUAUACAGUUAUUUCUCAUUAAAGGAAAGAAAAUUUUGCUGUCAAAUCGGACAGGAAAGCUCAUGGUAUAAAUUUUGGAAUAGCUUACAUAGAAAAAAUACAAAAAGAAAACAAAACAAACCCACCAGAGUUCUGGGCUUAGCUUUCCUCUGUAUAAUCCUUUAAUUUUUGUUGUAGCUGAAAACAGGAGACUGAGCAUGCAGUCUCAAUGAGGUGAUAAUAAUCAAGGGGCGGCUACACGUUUUGCUACAAUAAACAUGCAGUGAAGCAAGAGAGAUGGAAGGAGAUAGACCCAGAACUGCAAACCUGAGGCUAAGUGAUGUUUAUAAAUUCUAGCACAGGAAAAAUGAGACGGUAUAUCCCAGCUCUUUGCAUUUAAAUGGCAUUUCAGUCACGGGAAGCUCAUCCCAGGUCAUUCCCUCCUUUUCUGCAGCAUUCCACCAUGACGGUGGCAGCUUAUUGAGGGAAUCUGGACACAAAAACUUGGCAAAUUUUUCACAGGAUUACCGUAUGCAAGGGUGGACACCUGUUUUGAGUAAAAAAGAUAAAGUCAAUUAAAAUGGUUUAUUAUCCCAGCAAUGUGGGUUUUUUGUUAGAGCAAAAUAGUCAGCAAUUCACCUGCAGUAGGAGGAUGUGUUUUGUUUCAUGUAAAGCACCUGUGUCAUUUGUUUUUGCCACCUGUGUUUGCUGUGAUGCUGCCUGUGUACAUAUAAUAUAUGAGAGAAGGAUGUCUGCAGGAAAGCUUUGCUAAUUCACAGUACCUGGUAUUGCUAUGUCACGGGUGAGUUAUAUUGCACAUAUCCAUCUCUUCAUAAUUAUGUAAAAUUUGAAUAUAAGCAUAUAUUCCAACUGAGUGGAAUUGCCUAUACACUAAGAAAAAAAAUUAUUUCAGUCAUUAGAAAUGUAUUGUCAAUCAGUAUGAUGCUUUUAACCUAUGGGAAAAAUGCUAGAAGUAAAAUUAAACUGCAAAUCUCAUUCCUUUGA